AUGGCGGAAGGAGUUCUCUUCGACCUUGUCAAGAAAGUCCUUGAAGUGGUGGGUUCCUUAGCACUCCAAGAGAUCAAGUUGGCCUGUGGUGUCAAAGAUGAGCUUGAAAAUCUGAAGAGCACAGUUUCCACAAUCCAAGCUGUGCUUCUAGAUGCAGAAAAGCAGGGCUCUCAUAACAACGAGGUCAAAGACUGGCUCAAAAAGCUCAGAGAUGUCUUCCUUGAUGCAGAUGACGUGCUGGAUGAUUUCUCCACUGAAGCUCUGCAGCACAACGUGAUGACUGGAAGUAAGAUGACGAAGGAGGUACGCAUUUUCUUUUCAAGUUCAAACCAGCUUGCUUUUAGUCUUAAGAUGGGUCAUAGAAUAAAGGCAAUUAGGGAGAGACUAAAUGUCAUUGCAGAUGAUAGGAUGAAAUUCCACUUUAAAGAAAUCCCCAUCGAGUCACAAGUCAUGAAUAAGGAUAGAGAAACUUAUUCUUUUGUAUUGGAAGAAGAUGUGGUUGGGAGAGAGGAUGAUAAAAAUAAAAUUAUAAAUCUUCUUUUGGAUUCCAACACUGUAGAGAAUGUGUCAAUUAUUCCAAUAGUUGGGAUUGGAGGUUUAGGCAAAACAACACUAGCUAAACUCAUAUACAACGACGAAAUUGUCAAAAAUAAUUUUAAGCUGAAGUUGUGGAUUUGUAUAUCUGAUAACUUUGAUAUAAAACAUAUUGUGAAACAAAUCUUAGAAUCUUUGGGAAAUGGGAGAAAUGAAGAAAGUCUUGAUAUUUUACAAAAUCACCUUCGAGAAAAACUUAAUGGAAAAAAAUACUUUCUUGUCCUAGAUGAUUUGUGGAAUGAGGACAUUGAAAAAUGGCUUCUCUUAAAAAAUUUACUAAUGGGUGGUGCAAGGGGAAGCAGGAUAGUAGUAACUACUCGCUUGAUAAAGGUAGCAGAUAUAAUGGGCACAACUCCACCUCAUGAGCUUAAACGCCUAGAUCCAGAAAAGGCUUGGUCAUUGUUUACAAAAAUGGCAUUUAAAGGAGGCAAAGAGCCAGAAAACCAAGGCAUAAUAGACCUAGGAAAAGAGAUUGUGAGAAAAUGUAUUGGGGUGCCUCUUGCUAUAAGAACAAUAGGAAGCUUAUUGUAUGGUAAAACCUCUAAAAUUGAGUGGCAAUCUUUUUUAGAUGAUGAGCUCUCAAAAUUAACCCAACAAGAAAAUAAUAUUUCAUUAACUCUUAAGUUGAGUUAUGAUCACCUUCCACCACACUUAAAGCAAUGUUUUGCUUAUUGUAGAUUGUUUCCAAAAGAUUAUAGGAUUAAUGUAAAUACACUUAUUAAUCUUUGGGUAGCACAAGGCUUUAUUGUAGUAGAAGGUCCUAGGCAACGUUUUGUGGAUAUUGGCAGAAAAUAUUUUAUGGAAUUACUUUGGAGAUCGUUUUUUCAAGAUGUAAAAAAUGAUGAUUUGGGUAAUAUGGAAUGGUGUAAGAUGCAUGAUCUCAUGCAUGAUCUUGCAAUUCUUAUGUCUGGAACGGAAAGUGCCAUAUUAAAUUCAAGUAGGAAAAAUGUUAUUGAAAAAGUACGUCAUGUAUCAUUUGAUCUUGUGGAUUCAUCGAGACAAUUUUCAAUCCUCAUGCCUCAUAAAAGGAAGAUACGAACAAUUCUUGCAGCCAGUGUAGGGGGAAAGUUGGGUAACUUAACUUGUGAUGCACUCAUUUCAAAUUUCAAUUAUUUGCGAGCAUUGGAUUUGAGUGAAUUAGAGAUACAUGUUGUGCCCCAUUCAAUUGGAAAAUUGAAACAUUUAAGAUAUCUUGAUCUUUCUAAAAAUGAAAAUAUGGAAUUUCUCCCUGAUUCCAUUACAAAGUUGCUAAAUUUGUGGACGCUACAACUCGACAAUUGUCACUCACUUAAAGAGUUACCGCGGGGCCUUAAGAAGUUGGUCAAUCUUAGGCAUUUAGACGUUAGUGGGUGCUACAAAUUGACGCAUAUGCCCCUUGGACUUGGGCAUCUUACUUCUCUUGAGAUACUACCGACGUUCGUCGUGAGGUGUAGUUGGUAUAAGAAAAAACAGGCUGAGUCUGGUGGUGGGCUAAGUGAAUUGAAGGAGCUGAGCAAUUUGGGAGGAAGUCUAGAGAUUGAAGGAUUGGGACAUGGAGAAGAUGACAUGGUGGAAUGUAAAGCCACAAAUAUGAAGCAGAAACAACAUCUUCAAGAGCUGACAUUACUGUGGGGUCGACUGCCGGAUGAUGGAGAAACUGAAUGUUAUGAUGACAUGUCACUGGAAGGGCUCGAGCCACAUCCAAAUCUUAAAGCGUUGAAAUUGUGGAGAUAUAUGGGUGUGAGAAUUCCAAGUUGGGUCUCUUCUCUCACUAAUCUUGUUCAUGUUCAUUUAUUUCGUAAUGACAGAUUGCAGCACCUCCCCCCGUUAAAUCAACUCCCUUUUCUCAAGUCUCUCUCUCUUGAGAAAAUGGAAGCACUUGAAUACAUAUGGAUAGAUGAAGACAGUGUCAGUAACGUGUUGGGUGCUUCCUCUUCUUCUUCAAAAACACCAUUCUUCCCAUCCUUAUCUUCUCUAUGGCUAUAUGAUUGCCCAAAACUGAAGGGAUGGUGGAGGAAUUCAGAUGAUGAUGAUAAUGAGCCACACCAUCUCUUACUUCCAUCAUUUCCUCCUUCUCUUUCUUAUUUAGAGAUUUGGUGUUGCCCUAACCUGACUUCCAUGCCCCUGAUUCCCCCCUCUCUGAAAAAUCCAAUUAUUGGUGGUUGUCCCCUGCUUACGGCUACACGAAGGAAACAGUGA